UCCUGUCAUUGCAAAACCGUGUUCUUUCGCUCGAACCUCAGAUGUUUCCGUUUACUUUUCCUCGGCAAGCUCCUCCGAUAGACUGGAGACACACAUUUCUCUCUUUCUAAAAGCAGGAGGCAAUUUGCCUGGAAUAGGAAGUACUUCUAUCAAAGCGGCGGCGGUUCCAUCGUGUUGAUCUAGUUCACAAAACUUCACCAGGAUCGUCUCUUUGUGUGAAAGUGACAAGAAGCAUCCAAGCUACAGCAGCUCUGAGACUUCCCAGGAUUUGAGUGUGAUUCCAUGGUUCUUGUCGGAAGUAUGAUCAGAAACUCAACAUGCAAUGUCACCAUUGACGAAUUCCGAAAUCAGGUGUACUCUACCAUGUACUCUAUCAUCUGUGUCCUGGGAUUCCUAGGGAAUGGCUUUGUGCUGUGUGUCCUGAUAAGAACGUACCAACAGAAGACAGCAUACCAGGUAUACAUGUUCAACCUGGCUCUUUCAGACUUGCUCUUCGUAUGCACGCUGCCUCUGAGAGUGGUCUACUACGUGUACAAAGGCGACUGGUUCUUGGGCGACUUUCUGUGCCGGAUCAGUUCUUACGCCAUGUACGUCAACUUGUAUUGCAGCAUCCUGUUCAUGACAGCCAUGAGCUUCUUUCGUUGCAUCGCCAUCGUUUUCCCCAUCCAGAACAUCCAUUUUGUAACCGAGAAGAAAGCCAGGCUGGUCUGCGUUUCCAUUUGGGUCUUUGUGACGCUCACAAGCUCACCAUUUUUGAUGAAAGGCUCCUACUAUGACAAGAACACAAAGAAGACGAAAUGCUUCGAACCCCCACCAGGCAAGGAGAUGUUAAAGGUGGUGGUCCUCCAUUACAUUGCAUUAUUCAUCGGCUUCAUCUUCCCCUUCAUUACCAUCGCUGUCUGCUACACCAUGAUCAUCAGGACCUUGUUGAAGAACUCCUUGCACAAGAAAGAAGCAUCCCGUAAAAAGGCGGUCUGGAUGAUCGUCAUUGUGACCAUUGUGUUCCUGAUCAGUUUCACGCCCUAUCACAUCCAACGCACCGUCCACAUCCAUUUUAUGUUGACGGAGGACAACACCUGCGAGGAACUCCGGAUGCAGAAAUCCGUGGUGAUCACCCUUUCUCUCGCAGCUUUCAACUGCUGUUUUGACCCACUUCUCUAUUUCUUCUCCGGAAACAACUUUCGUAAGAGGCUUUCAACUUUCCGAAAGGGUUCCGCCUCCAGCGUUUUGCAGUCGCACAAGAAAGACAUGUCCUUAAAGGAGGUUGAGGAUGAACCGGUGUACAAAAAGGCACUAGAGGAGAUGGAAUAA